AAACUAAAAAGAACAAACCGAAGAAGCCGGUUUCGCAGCAACGUCGGAUGCCGCGGCACUCAUUUGUGUAUUGCGCGCUGCACUUUGCACGGGCCCGGCGUUUCCGCGUAGGGCACAUCAUAUCAUAUCGUACAACAUACCAACUAAUAACACGAAACGCGAGAUAGUGGAGUGUUUUCUGUCGUUCCUUACCGUCCGCUUCCAUGUAUUAGCACUCAGGGAAUCUCAGGAUGAGCGAUAUCGAGAGGAGCGGUAGUCGCAGCGCGAGUCCCCGGAGACCGAGGACCGCGGAUGGUGGUCUAAGAGACUCACGAUCACACUCGAGAUCACGAAAGUCGCGCGAACGCAAGGACUCGCACAGAGACGUCAAAUAUUCAAGAUCACGCAGUCGUUCCGUGUCACGUGGCCGUAAGUCCUAUCGUGGCAGCAAGUAUACCGGGGUUGGCCACCGCGGUAGCAGCCGCAGUCGCAGUCGUUCUCCGUACAGAGGUGGUCGUUACUCACGCAGUAGAUCCCGUUCGUAUUCACGAUCUCGAUAUUCUCGCGACCGGCAUGUGUAUCGGUCACAUUCCCGUAGUCCAAUGUCGUCUAGACGAAGACACGUUGGCAGCCGCGACAAUCCUAAUCCCUGCAGAUGCCUUGGUGUCUUUGGAUUGUCCAUUUUCACCACAGAACAGCAAAUCCAUCAUAUAUUUUCAAAGUAUGGCCCUGUAGAGCGAGUUCAGGUUGUUAUCGAUGCAAAGACUGGUCGAUCGCGAGGAUUUUGCUUCGUAUAUUUCGAGUCAUCGGAGGAUGCCAAAGUGGCAAAGGAACAAUGCACUGGAAUGGACAUUGAUGGCAGACGAAUAAGAGUAGAUUUUUCGAUCACACAGCGUGCUCACACUCCUACGCCAGGAAUAUACAUGGGAAAGCCUACGCAUUUGCACGACAGAAAUUGGGAUGGGCCCAGACGUAGAGAAAUUAGCUACAGAGGAAGCUAUCGUCGCUCACCCAGCCCAUACUACAGCCGUCGGCGUUCUCGCUACGAUCGUUCCAGAUCACGCUCUUAUACACCACGUCGGUAUUAAGUGACACGAGUGUGACGCGACAGGCCAGGUGGAGAUCCAUUUCUGACAUGACCCGAAUAUUUCUUCUCUCGAUCGAUACCGGGUCAAAAAAAGAGAGACAUAGAAAUGAUACAUUCGCAUUGCUAUUCUUACCUUACUUUUUACCUUACAUUCUAUACCGAUCUGCGUACCAAUAUUUAACGUUGCAUAAUAUCAAUUGAUGAUUUUAUUAACGGUAGUCAAGGUUAGAGCAAGGUUUGAAUGGACGCGAAACCUUAUUUUCAUUUAAUUUAAUUUAAGAUUUAAUCCAUAUUACUUAUACUAAUGAUAAUUAUGAAGAUAAGGUUUUAAUUAUAUAACAAAAUAUUUAGCUGUAUACUGUGAAGGUUGGAAUACAGAUGAGCGUUACGAAUAAUUUGGCAAUUUGAAUAGCUAGACGAUAUUAGCUCUCAGCUUGCUGUAUUUCAGCCAUAUGUUGAAAAGAAUCUGAAAAAAAAAAUUGUUAGAACAUUUCUUAUAGUCUCUCGAAAAAAGAAAAUGAUAUAUAUAAAUAAAUAAAAACAAAAAAGGACAAAAUGGAAAAAAACAAAAAUAAUAAUACUGUACCUAAAGAUAGAAGUAUGUUCUCUAACCUGUUUGUUUGUUUAUAAGGUUUUGAAUCAAGAGGUAUUGGAUGAUAGAGGGAAGUUUGAAGUUUCACUCUGAAAAAAUGAGUUUUGAAAAAUCGAAGACAAGAUAUCCGAAGAACACGUUUAUCUUGCUCACAUUGUCAAGAACCCGAAGGUUUUCUCGCGCUUGUGACAAAGAAUAUGAUCCGAAUUCCGCAUUCAUUUCCGGCUGAGAAGUCUCAAGCCUAGAAGAGAACUUCAAGCGCUCAGUAAUGCAAGCCUCAAGAAGUCAGUCAGAAUCGUUAAUCGUCAGGUCCCCGACCGGGAUGAGUCGUUUGGUUGGGGGUGAAACUGUCCGAACAUUUACGAAAACGUUCAAGAAGCAUCGAAAAUCUUUUGCAAAUAGCGACGAGCGAAAGGUGCUCCCGAAGGUUUAAACCGAUCAUAUUCUUUAUCAAUUGGUUUGUUGUUGCAUGCCAACAUUCGCUUUAGGCAGAUGCAUAUACAUAUAUAUAUAUAUACAUACAUAUAUAUAAUAUUCUAUGUGAGAAUAAAUAAAAGUUCGUAUACCUUUUUCGCCAUCCCCUCCCUCCACCAUCCUGAGACCUCUGUUUCCUCCAAAAAAAAGCUUCCUUCUAUUUUAAGUUUUACUUGGAACCGAUUAAUCAAACUUUAUCGUAGCAUUUCACCAAUAAAUGUUGUUUCUACCAUA